AUGAAUGUGACCCCGCUCGCGGCACUGCUGGAUGGGUUGCGUGGACUUAGCAGGGAGAUGUACUUCGGCGAAUGGGCGAAUCGCAAGGGUACCGAUUUUUUUCCUUUCCACUCAGUAGCCCAACGCGUUCGUUUCCUUGUGGACGAGUUUCAGCGGAAUGGCGUCAGAGGGUGGGUCACCCCAUCCGAACGCACCGAGGGCUGGCAGCAGGUGGUGACAUUUUUAACACACCUUCAGGUGGCUGGUCCGUUCAAGGACCUGGAGAAGAAAAAGGACGAAAAGCGGUGCAAUUGGGAACCGAUUGGGGACGCGUGUUCCAACCCGCAGCAACCGGAACCAGAGCAGGAUCGCAGCAGCCAAGAGAAAGCGCGACAAACGCGUCGCUUCCAACUGACAGUGAUCGAUAUACUUGCGGACUACAUCCGGUUUCGAUGUGAGUCGGUGGCCAACCUUCGGCCUCCCAUCCAACCUGCUACGUUGCUGCACGAGUGCAACCGCGUCGUCACCUGCCUGAACGUGAUCUUUGACGGUAACGCGGAACUGGUGACGCUGACGCUGCUCCGCAUUGUUCCGGAUCGACGCUACGCGCCCCUGCUGUAUCCGGUGUUUGAGAAAAUCCUUAUGACCACCCGCGAGAACCUCGCGUUCAUCCCCGGGUACGUCCGGAUGUUGCUCUGUUUCAAACGCUGGAAAACGCUCGCUGCUGGCCGGACGGAAAAGGCGCGUAUCGAUUCGCAAGCCAUGGAAAUGUUACCAAACCGAUGUCCCACCAUCCAGCGAGCUUCCGAUUUACCAUUUCUCCGGCUACUUCCGGUCAUACCACCGGCACAUCGGGUCACCGAAACCCGCUACCUGCUGGUCAACGAUCUGUUCCAACUCGACCGGUGCAUCGCGCAAUACUUCCGCCAUCACCCGGUGGGUGGGAGCCUGCAUGGGACGGGCAAGGACAAUCCCGAUGACAGCUUCGUCCGUCAGCGGCGUCUGCAUUCGAUGGAAAUCAGAAGCAAUUACAUCAACGUGCCGCUGCUGGCGGAACUGAUCGAACGGAAAAGUCUGCUCUGGGCUGGGUCUGUUCCUGGCGCCAUCUCACCCGAUCAACACCUCCACCAGGAGGUUCGCUCCAUCGUCAACACCCUGCGGCUGAUGUUCCGCAAUCGGGCGGAAUUCAUCGAGCUGACGCUACUGCACGUGUCCACGCGUCCAGUCCUGGCACCCCUGUUAGCGCCCGUCUUCGGUGCGUUCCUACGCCCAAGGACACCGAGCUGUCCAUCCUCAGCCACCGGACUCGCCGUGUAUCGAUCAAACGACGUAGCAACGUACGGCCGGUUGCUGCUGUGCUACGCCAAGUGGAAGGCUCUGUACUGGGACGUCGAUCAGACAGUCGAAUGGGCCCGGAUCGACGCCGCGGCUCUGAUGCAGCUGCCGAAUGGUUUUCCUCGCGCCAUUUGCCGCCGGGAUGCGUUGCUGAGGCGCAUCUUCCCGCCAGCCGAUGCAGGUGAGGCGUCUCCACGCCACACAACGACUCGAAUCCUCCUACAAACGCUCCCAAAGCGAGCCGAUCUGCACGAGCUGUGCUUAAAAUUUAUCCAAGCGUCUCGAUGCGGCUCGAAUGCAACUGCACUUUCGGUGCAAGAAUCCAGCCUGAAUGGAGCAGAUUGCCUCACGACAUGCUCAGCCGCAUACAAAUCGAUGUCCUCCACAUUGUGCGGAGCUACAUCCGGGAAACCUAGCAUCCCGGCGCACCAAAGCACUGAGAACCGAUCGGAAAUGAAACCGAUUAUUAUUCUGGACAGCGACGAUGCAGACGAAAUGUCCACUGGCAAAAGCCCAAUGAUACCGGCGCGGGACAGCCAUGUUACGCCCAUUCCACCCGCUGCCUGCGUUACUCGCCCAUUGCCAGUUACCGGAAAUGGUGAUACAUACGCGGUGAUGGAGCAGAACCGAAACUCACCGUGCAUCCCACUCGAUGGAAUCGGAGCUGAAGGUGCAACGCCCACACCACCGCUGUGGUCAGCUCUGGUGGAGUGCUUUCUCAAUACACCACCGGCGACACCGCAGCAGGAUGUAGCACCGGAAGUGACCGAUGAGGAGCACCGGCGAAGUGUACUGGUCAAAAAGCCGCCACCUGACUGCUCCAGCUGGUUGCGUUUGAAAGGUACCAUUCGGUUGAUAGGUAGACGAAAAAAGCGAACCCCCGAAGGCAGGCCAGUUGGACGAGUCCUGACGAAGGUGUUCGCUAGAAGCGGUUGGUGGAACUAUGGUGACGUCCUGGCCGUUAAGAUUCCGAGUGCACCGAAUAAAGUUGCAGGUUGGUGUUCUUCAAUAAUGAAGCAACUAAUGGGACCAGGCGAUGUUCGAGCGGAACACUACGGGUUGGAAAAGGAGCACGUAUCCACAAACGACCGAGAGGUGCUUUUAUCGAGCCUGCCAGUGGCACCAAUGGAUCACUCGAAGGACGAUGCCUUGCUGCGCGAGCUUAUCGACUGCCUUGGAGCGGUCGAUUCGAUGCCUUUUGAUUCGACACAGGGCUACGUUGAUUUUGCAAUUUUGCCGGACAAUCCGGGACAUGGGACCGAACGCAGCCACACGGGUGCCGAGGGCGACCAGGCGUCUCCAUCGGUGUACGAGGGCUGCAUCGAUACGUCCCCGCUCUUUGCUGCUGAUAGUGAUAGGUAUGUGCUGUUGUUCACCGAGCUGGGGCCGGUUUCCUGGCCGAUAGAGUAGAACUCGGCUACCGUUAGAGUAAGAUGUGGAAGAGUACUGAUUUGCUUGCGGUGCAGUACGCAGCCAUUAUUGUUAUAUUGUAAGAAACUGGGCGCCUCCAGCGUCUGGUUAUGGUAAGCUCUCUACAACUUUUCCCGCUCCCGAUUGGAUCGACCGAUAAACGGUGCACGAUCUGCAGAAGCUCAUCAGCUUUCAAGGGCUGUUUGUGUCAAUUUCGCCUUUUCAAUGCCCACUGACAGUGAUCGGUGUUGUACAGACGCACGGAAAGCCGUGGCACACUCGUUAGAGGUAUUUUGAUAAGAAUAAAAGGGCAAUGAUGCGUGAGACAGCAUUAUGUUGCAUAAUAGAGUAAGUAAGGUAAGGCCUAACAUCAGUAUGUUAUACUUAAAUGUCCUUUCGUCUUUGCCUUUUGAUUGUCGUUGAUGUUGUCUUCUGUGUUUUAACUGAGCAACCAAGAUACUCGUCAUCUCAACUAAAUCUAAUACACUCAUUUUCCUGUAUGCGUUCAUCUCAUACAAUCUACAAUAACGUAACAAAUAAGCGCAAGGUAAACAAAUGCUUUGAAAAGUGAAAAUUUCCAAAAAUAAAGAUUCAUUUUAAAUUAGACGGUUUUUAUUCAAAAUUUGUACCACUGUGUCUAUAUGUCGUCUAUAUCCAUCGGACGUUACCACCAAGGAACGUUAACGCAUGUCAUUAACAAAUCUUGUCGAAUGCUUGACGAACGAUUGAAAAUAUUUUCAGAUACCCAUAAAGAAAACGAGCUACUAUCGGUCCAAGUUGGACCGAAGGGAUGCAAUCCCACAAUUCUUAGGCUAGGAUAAAAUAGCAAACAGUAAUAUAUUUAACACCAACAGAGUGUGAGCCAUUAUUUUAUCAAAGAUUGAUUUUCGUAUCCAUGUGUAAGCAUAAGCA